AAAAACAACCAUUUGUACCCAUGAACUUUACGAACGCUGACAAAAAUACCCAUUAAAGAAGGAAACUAACGUUGUAUCCAUCAAAGAUGGAGUCCGUACGACAAAAGUAGCCAAAUCCUAAAUUUAUGUUGACUUUUUAAUAAAAUUCCAGAAUUACCCCCACCAUUAUCUUCAACCUCUCCUCUCUUCUUUCCCAAAUCUCAAACACCUCCAUUACCUAAAAACCCUAAUCUCAAUACCUAAAAACCCCAAAUUAUCAUUUUCCUAACCCUAAUCUCAAUACCCCUUUCAACAAAUUUCAACCCUCUCUUUAUUCAGCAAUUUAACCUUUCUUCUUCUUCUUCUUCUAUGGCUUCAAUGAACUUGUUGGGUUUCUCUCUCUCCCCUCAAGAACAACACACUACUACUACUCAUCAUCAUCAAACUCGUUUUGGGCUAUUCAAUCCCACUGCACAAGAUGAUGUAACUGCUGCUGAUGAUGGAAACUGCUUCGAUCUCACUCCUUCCACUCAUGCCGCUACUACUCUCAACCUCCCUCCUUUUUCCAUCUAUCAAGAACCCUUCAACAAUCAUCAUCACCUUUCUACUCAUCAAGAUUGGAAGGAGAAUAACUACAUCAACCAAAACCUGCUAUUGGAAACUUCAUGCAACAACAAUAACAAUGUCGACAACAACCACCAUCACCAUUACCAACAACCCAAGCUCGAGAACUUCCUCGGUGGACACUCCUUCGCCGAUCAUCAUUAUGAUUACGGUGCCAACUCAUCGGGAGACUACCUCUUCCAAAACUGCUCUCAGCCGGAAGUUACAGCAGGAGGAGGAGAAGGCUCUGCCGGCGGCAGUGGGGAAGCACAAACUCAAUACACCAUCAACACGUGUUGGUGAAGGAGGUGG